AUGAGAUACUCAAUUGCCGUCGCCGCUGGCGCUGCAUCGCUAGUCAUGGCCACCCCCUUAGAGAAGCGCAAGAUGGAAACUACUUGGAUCAUGGACUACGACACUGUUACUGUAACGGAAGGCGAGCCCACCAAGCCCACCCUAUUCUGGGGUGGUGGCGCAAAGCAGCCGGCAACAACCUCUGUUCCUUCUUUCCCGGUCGCUACGAUGACUCCUGAGUUGCCUGCUCCUCAGCCUACCUCGAUACAGCCCUCUGUGGUUGUCGUUACUGAGACACCUUCGGCUGUGCCCCAGACCACCUCGCUACCCGUUGUCGAGGCGCCUGCUUCUUCGCAAGCUGCAACUUCAUCAGCUAGCUAUGGAACCGAUUUCAUCUCCGUGGCCAUUGAGCACCACAACAUCCACCGCUCUAACCACUCCUCUCCUGAAGUCGGUUGGAGUGAUGAGCUUGCUGGUUACGCUGGCAACACCGCUGCUACUUGCAAAUUUGCACACGACAUGAACCAGGGUAGCGGACAUUACGGCCAGAACCUGGCCAACUGGGCGCAGAGUGUGAACGCUGAGCAACUUGGUGAUGUCGGUGCCGUCAAGAUGGCCAUUACUGACAUGUGGUACAACGGAGAGUUUGCCAAGUUCUUGCCUCAGUACUACGGCCUCACCGACCCCCCCAUGGACGACUUCGAGGGCUGGGGUCACUUUACUCAACUUUUAUGGAAGGACUCUACCCAGAUUGGCUGUGCUGCCCAAUUCUGCGAGAAGGGUACCUUGUACGAUGAGAUGGAUGCCUGGUUCACCGUGUGCAACUACUCUCCUGCCGGCAACGUUGGUGGAUCCUAUGCUGUCGACGUGCUCUCGCCUCUAGGCAAGCUGAUCGAGACAGUUUAA